AUGUGCGGGCACACUGGCUUUUGCGAGCAUGAGCCAUCGUCCAUAGAGGCGCAACCAUACCCGUUGAGGGCAUCAGCGCCCGUCGGCAAGAGAGUAAACAAGUUGUACAGAGACGGCAUUGCCAACUUUUACUCUCAGGGGCAAUGGGAGAAGGUUAAUCUGCUCUCCAUGUCGCAUUUGGCGAGGUGCUCCGGACCACCAAAUGUGCGGUUGAGUGUCUGGGACUGCCCGGGAACAAGCCGUCCAUCUUUUGAGGAAGCCAUCAGCCAGUUAAAUGGCUAUCGUGAGACUCAAAUUGGGCAGUCCUUCGGUCCGUCGUGGACAACUCAUUGGUUCAAAGUCGACAUGAGUAUCCCCGAAGAGAUGCGCCAGAUGGCCCACUUAGAGCUUCAUUGGGAUUGCAAUAAUGAGGCUACUGUCUGGUCUAUGAAAGGCGAACCUCUCCAGGGGCUCACAGGUCGUGGUGAACGUAUCGAGUGGAUCAUCCCAGAAACAUUCAACGACGGCAAUGAACAUACCAUCUUUGUGGAGAUGGCCUGCAACGGCAUGUUUGGAAACGCAGCAGGCGACCCGAUCUUCAAAAACAACGCCAAUGGCGACGCGAUUCAGCCACCUGACCCAGAGAAGUAUUUUGUUCUUUCAAAAGCAGAGAUCGUGGCAGUGGACUUGGAAGCUCGCAAGUUGCAUACAGACAUACAAGUGAUUCACCAGGCAGCGCAAGAGUUUCCCGAGGAUUCCUGGGAACAACAUGAAGCUCUGAACAUUGCCACUAAAAUCAUCAACACGUUCGACAUUGACGAUCGGACGUCUGUUCUACGAAGUCGAAAGAUUGCCGAAGAGUAUCUGGGCCCUAAUGUUAACUCGGAGAAAGUGUUCUCUGUGCAAGGCGAAAAGGGACCUAGCGUAAUUGCCAUCGGACACUGCCAUAUUGACACUUGCUGGUUGUGGCCAUGGGAAGAAACUAAGCGCAAGGUUGUCCGUUCUUGGUCUAAUCAGUGUGAUUUGAUGGAUCGGUACCCCGAGCUCAAGUUCGCUUGCUCGCAAGCUCAGCAGUUCAAAUGGUUAAAGGAAGGCUACCCUUAUGCUUGGGAAAGAGUAAAAGCCAAAGUUAGCGAAGGUCAAUUUCUUCCCAUUGGCGGUUGCUGGGUAGAACAUGACACCAACAUGCCUGGAGGCGAAUCUCUCGUGCGUCAAUUUCUUUACGGUCAAAGAUUCUUCGAAAGCAACUUUGGCUUUCGUUCAAAAAGCUGUUGGCUGCCAGAUACAUUUGGUCAGUCUAGCCAGAUCCCUCAGCUUUGUCGACAAGCGGGCAUGAACCGUUUCCUUACGCAGAAGAUAUGUUUCAACAACAUGAACGAGUUUCCGCAUACAACAUUCAACUGGGUUGCUCUGGAUGGAAGUCAAGUUAUCUGUCAUAUGCCACCUGCGAAGACCUACUGUGCUGAUGCCAACUUCGGAGACAUAAAGCGAAGUAUGACCCAGCAUAAGUCGCUUGAUCAAGACCACACUUCUUUACUUGCGUUUGGAAAGGGUGAUGGUGGUGGUGGCCCUACCUGGCAACAGAUUGAGAGGCUCCGCCGACUAAGAGGUCUUGCUGAUACGACUGGGCUGCUGCCCCGCGUUCAUCUUGGUAGUACUCCCGACGACUUUUUUGACAAGCUAGAACCGAAAGCACGCACGCUCGCAACCUGGCAUGGCGAGCUUUACUUUGAACUUCAUCGCGGCACUUACACAACUCAAGCGCAAACGAAGCUCAACAACAGACGAGCAGAAUUCCUUCUAAGAGACAUUGAGUUUCUAGCCACAAUCGCUUCACUCGAAAAUGAAUCAUAUAGGUAUCCAAAGAAGGAGCUCGAUGAGAUGUGGGAGGGCGUCCUUCUCUGCCAAUUCCACGACUGUCUUCCGGGAACCGCCAUUGGCAUGUGUUACAACGAUUCAGACAAGAUUUAUCAAAGUGUCUACCGAAUGCACAACACUCUUCUUCGAGAUGUCUACAGAGUCCUUCGAGUCUAUGAAAUAGGCCAGGAGCCGUUCGCAGAUGACAUUCAAGUUGCAUUAAACACGUUGGGUUGGCCCCGUACAGAAAUCCUUACACCCCGCGAGGGAGCUUCAGUCAUUGCUGGAGGCACCGGAAACGCCCUCCUAGUGCGUGGAAACUCUGCUGCUUCUACCACGAAGCCUGUCACCAUUGAGGAAGUAUCAAAAGGUGUUUUCAAGUUGAAAAACAACCGGUUCACUGUGACAGUCGAAAGAGGUUGCAUCACCUCGCUGUACGACCGUCGAGCCAGGCGUGAAGUUCUUUCCGGCAAGGCAAAUCAGUAUGUCAUAUUUGAUGACAAGCCUAUUUACUGGCAAGCCUGGGACGUUGAAGUGUUCCAUCUCGAAACUCGAAAGGAGCUUUAUGGCUCGGAGUCAACAAUUUUAGAGGACACGCCGUUAAGGGUUAGUGUUCAGACAAAGACAAAAAUCAGCGACGUAAGCUCGAUCAAGACGACCAUCAGUUUAGUUGCCUCACUGGAAGAUGACGAAAACCAAUCAUAUGUGGAUAUCCAGGCCGAGGUUGACUGGCACGAAACGAUGAAGUUCCUCAAGGUUGAGUUCCCUGUUGAUAUCCGCCAUCACGAAGCUUCCUAUGAGACUCAGUAUGGUGUCAUCCGUCGGCCAACCCACUAUAAUACUUCCUGGGAUAUGGCCAAAUUCGAAGUCUGUAGUCACAAGUUCGCCGACUUAUCCGAAUAUGGGUACGGCGUAUCCAUCCUGAACGACAGUAAAUAUGGUUUUGCCACUGUCGGCAACACCAUGAGGCUAUCUCUGCUCCGCUCGGCCAAGGCCCCUGAUGACCAGGCCGACAUGGGCAAGCACACUAUCCGAUGGGCCAUCCUACCUCAUCAAGGAUCUCUUGGUCCAGACACAGUGAGGGCAGCCUUCAACUUCAACAACCCCCUCAAACUCGUAUCAAUAUCCCAGGGCUCGCCAUUGCUAGAUGCACCAAUCACGUUGAAUGGGGAUAGGAACCUUGUUCUUGAUACCAUUAAACGCGGUGAAGACGACGACGGGGUUAGCCUUGGAGAAUUGCCUGUAUCAUCCAGCAAAAGCGUCAUCAUUCGCAUUUACGAGAGUCUCGGUGGCCGCGGCCUGGGAACAGUUGAAACAAGAUGGAAGCUGAAAAGGGUCAACAAAACCAAUUUGCUGGAAGACGAUGGAGAAGAAGUUCCUUUGGCUGGUGGUAGGUUUGAGGUUGACCUUGGGCCGUUCCAGCUGCAGACUUAUAGGCUCGUGUUGGCCUAG